UCAGGAUCCCGUAUCAUUGACUCGACAAAAUGAAAGUAACGAGAAGUCCGUCUGACGAUCUUUCGCUAACGAACUGUGCUUUUGCACAUCCGGAUGACUUUCCGAACGAAGACCAGAGAUAUGUACAAAUGGCGACGAGACACGGACACGAACAGUUUCUCUUCACGUUGAAGAGGAGUCCUAAUAUUGCCAAAGGCAGCAUUGGGCUUAGCCUUGUGCAGAGAAAAUGGACUAAUGUAACUAUAGGGGAAGAGGUGGAAGUGGCUAACUUUAACUUCUCUAACAACUACCUGAUCAGCUCUCUGGUGUUGGAGCUCGAUUAUCUCACAAAACCAAGGGGUGGUGUACAAGACUCGUACAAUACUGAUGACAUGGCUACGGACUUUACAACUCAGUUUAAUGGUCUUGGGAUCACUGUGAACCAAAAUCUUUAUUACAAGUUUGGUGAAACAAAACUUCUCAGUGCUAAAGUCAAAUCUCUUGAAGUUGCUGAUGUUGCUGUAUUGAAGGGAGUUAGUGGAAAGUCAUCACAGGCUGCUCAACAAGGAGUCAUUAUGCCAAAUAGUCGAAUUCUCUUCGAAAGAGCAGAUAACUCUCCUCUGGUUCUCACCGGGAAAGCAAAGGGUGAGCAGGCCAAGAUGUCGUUGAUCAAUCCAGAAUGGGAUUUCCAGAAAAUGGGCAUUGGGGGAUUAGACAAGGAGUUUUCAGCUAUUUUUAGGAGAGCAUUUGCGUCUCGUGUGUUUCCGCCUGAAAUUGUUGAGCAAAUGGGUGUGAAGCAUGUGAAGGGAAUUCUACUAUUUGGUCCUCCUGGAACAGGCAAGACUCUGAUGGCUAGACAGAUCGGGACCAUGUUGAAUGCAAGAACACCAGAAAUAGUCAACGGCCCAGAGAUCUUGAAUAAAUAUGUUGGAGAGUCAGAGGCAAACAUCAGACGACUAUUUGCUGCUGCUGAGGAUGAGCAGAAACGAGCUGGUGCUAACAGUGGACUUCAUAUCAUAAUUUUUGAUGAAAUAGAUGCAAUUUGUAAACAACGAGGAUCUAUUACUGGCAGUGCAGGAGUUCAUGAUACUGUUGUCAACCAAUUGUUAGCAAAGGUCGAUGGUGUUGAACAGCUGAACAACAUUUUAGUGAUUGGAAUGACUAAUAGGAGGGAUCUUAUAGAUGAAGCUUUGCUAAGACCAGGAAGACUUGAAGUUCAAAUGGAGAUUGGACUUCCUGAUGAGUUUGGUAGACUGCAAAUAUUUAACAUACAUACAGGCAAAAUGCGAGAACACAAGAAGCUGCAUUCUGAUGUUGAUUUUGGACAACUAGCUCGUCUCACCAAAAACUUUUCAGGUGCUGAAAUUGAAGGACUUGUUCGAGCUGCUCAAUCGUGUGCAAUGAAUAGGCUAAUCAAGGCUGAUUCCAAGGUGCACGUUGAUGCAGAGGCCGCUGAGAAGGUUCUUAUUGAUAUGAAUGAUUUUCUGAGUGCUUUGGAGAAUGAUGUUAAGCCUGCAUUUGGUGUAAGCACUGAAGACUUUGAGAAGUUUAUCAGAAAUGGUGUUGUAGACUGGGGUCGUCCUGUUCAUCGCAUUUUGGAGAAUGGAGAGCUUUUUGUUCAGCAGACACAACACAGUGACAAGACACCACUUGUUAGUGUACUGCUUGAGGGUCCUUCUGGAGCUGGCAAGACUGCUCUAGCAACAAAAAUUGCAAUGACCUCCAACUUUCCGUUUGUGAAAAUUUGUUCACCAGAGAACAUGGUUGGCUACACAGAAUCUGCCAAAUGUCUUGCAAUCAAGAAGAUUUUUGACGACGCAUACAAAUCUCAACUCAGUGUCAUUGUUGUAGACAACAUCGAGCGUCUUGUAGAGUAUGUACCUAUUGGUCCUCGGUUUUCCAACACCAUUUUGCAGGCUCUGCUUGUUCUGUUUGAGAAACAUCCUCCUAUGGGUAGGAGAUUGUUGAUCAUUGGUACAACAAGCCAAAAGGAUGUUUUGGAAAUGAUGGGAAUGACGGCAGUCUUCAACACAAUUUGUCAUGUGUCUUGCAUCAGCAAUGGCUCUGAACUCCUGGCAGCAUUACAGGCACUGGAUGUGUUUGAAGACUCUGAGUUGGAAGAAAUCAAGAAGAAAGUUGGAAAGCACAGUUUGUGGAUUGGAAUCAAGAACUUGCUGAUCUUGGUUGAAAUGGCCAGACAGAGCUCGAAAGCAACACGAGUUGCCAAAUUUCUAGACCUUUUGAGAGAUGAAGCAGACUACAAGGGUCCAAGUCAUUGAUUGUUGUGUGACCAGUUUAGUUGAUGUAUUUCAUACUUAUAACUGUUUAAAUUCUGUACUCAAGACAGCUCAUUGUACAAUUUGUGGUGUGAAUGGAAAUUUUGCAGGAAGUUGAUAGAAUUAGCAGUGGA